GCAGGCUUCCGAGACGUGGUCGUGACGUCAGGGGUACAUUAGCAUACUGCGCAGUAUAUAAAGUGAGACAGACGCACGAGACAUCACUCUGCUCUUGUCCCAGCGAGACGUGCAACCUGUGAUUUCUCUGAAUCAAACUCUGAGCCUCUGCAGACAUGUCUGACAAACCUGACCUCACGGAAGUCUCAUCAUUUGACAAGACCAAGCUGAAGAAGACAGAGACUGAGGAGAAGAACACAUUGCCGACUAAAGAGAUGGUGGAGCAGGAGAAGGCAGCAGCUUGUCAGUCUUCAUCAUGAACACUGCUCCUCCUAUAUCUGUACAUUCCACAAGCCUUGCUUUUUUUUUUUUUUUCAACCACCAAGUAUGCAAGUUGAAGUUUUUAAUAAUUG